AUGGAAUUUAAACUACCUACAACAAUAUUAUCUUUGGAAAAGGUAAAACUUCCAGAUUGGAAAUGUUUUGAUCUCCCAAGUCAAGAGUUUAUUGAAGAUGUUUGGAAGUUGAUGUUGGAGGAAAAAGUAUUUGAAGAACAUAAUAAAGUUCAUCGUCAUAUUAAUAAUACUUUUUGUAAGAUGACAAUGCAUUCAUACCCUGGCUACAAUAGAAAACAACUGAUAUCAUGUACUCUUCUUAUUAUGCUCUAUACUUGUUUCGAUGAAAAGAUGGAUGCCGAAAAAGAUCCUGUGGAACGUGAGAAAUUUGCCAAGCGAUGUAAAUCCAUUCUUUUGACAGGAAAACUUCCGGAAGAUCCUUUCUACAUGGAUCAUCUCUGGCUGCGACUGUUGAAUGACCUGAAGGAAAAUUGUAAAGGUCGUCCGGGUGCUCUGAACAGAACGAUUCGCGGACAUAUCUAUUAUAUCGAAUCGAUAUCGCCAUUCCUAAACCUGAAGGAGUACAACGGUUGUCUGCAUAUGGAUCUCUACUUUUUCAUUCGUAUUGCCGACAUGGGAAUUGAAGGACCGUCGCAAAUGCUCGAAGUAUUCCUCGACCAACAAUCGGUGCUUGGCGAUAGGUUCUUUUGUGACGCGCGCUACAACGACAUGAUAAAAGCAGCAACCAAACUCUAUGCGAUCAUCAACGACAUCUGCUCCUACGAAAAAGAGUUUUGUGAAGGCAAUUUCAAUAUAAACCCGUUGUUUUGCAUUCAGAAACAGGAGAACAAGAGUUUCGAGGAGGCAUUCAAUAAGAUGGUCGAAUACUUUAACGAAUCGGUAGAGUCGUUCCAACAGUUGGAGGCGAUGAUACGAGAGGACAUGAAGCAAAUGCUUACCGAGAAGGAAUAUGAAAAAGUCGAUGAAUUCUUCUAUCAUCUACAUUCAUCGUUGAUCCAAUACAGAAAAUGGAUGUUCUACGAAUCACAUUAUCGUUCGCCUACCUCUCCAUUCAAAGAGCUAAGACAGGAAUCUCUACUUAAACAUUCUAAACUUGAUUUUGGAACUGUUGAUGAUAUGAAUACUAAAACAUCAUCAAACUUACAAACUAAUCUCUAA